GAGUCUGCAGCAGUCGAGGAGUCGGACUGAGUUCAAGUUCAGAAGUGCUUUACACAUGAAAUCUACUGGCUCUCUAGCUGAUUCUGCCCUGUCACCAUCUCAACAGAAUUGGAUUUACAGUCAUGGAGGAACAUCAGCAGCAUGUACACUGUGUGAACUGUGUCAGCCGUCGUUGUAUGACCAGACCAGAGCCUGGCGUUUCCUGUGAUUUGAUUGGCUGCCCGUUGGUUUGUGGAGCAGUUUUUCACUCAUGUAAAGCUGAGGAACAUCGCAUGUUAUGUCCACUUGAAAGAGUGCCUUGUUUGAACAGUGGCUUUGGAUGUCCCUUCAUAGUAGCCCGAAAUAAAAUUGCUGAUCAUCUAGAAGUUUGUCCUGCAAGUGUGGUGUGUUGUACCAUGGAGUGGAAUAGAUGGCCAGUCAGUUACGCAGACCGAAAAUCUUAUGAAAAUCUGAGUAAAGAUGUUGAUGAAGUGGAACAACUAGAUAUGGCUUUAGCCCUUCAAGACCAGCGCAUGUUAUUAGAAUCACUUAAAGUAGCAACUAUGAUGUCAAAAGCAGGUGAUCAAAUACCAGAAUCCAGAGAGCAAACCUCUGUCAAAUCAAGUGCCCCAGAUACAGUGCAUUCAAAUGGUUUGAUGCCUGUAGAUGAAGAGUCUUAUGGUGCUCUUUAUCAAGCUACUGUAGAAACAACGAGGAGUUUAGCUGCUGCUCUGGAUAUCCUGAACACUGCUACAAGGGACAUUAAUAUGUUAAGUUCAAGCCUCUGCAGUUCACCACAGGAAAUGAAAGAAGAUACUGAGAUUAAAGAACAAGCUUCUAAUGGCAUUAUUCAGGAUAAAAAGUCUGACCAUGAAUAUCCAGAUGAAGAUGACAUAGGAGCAGUUGGGGGGAUAAAAUUUGACAGCCUGAGUCAAAAUUCACAAAUGGAGCAAAAUGGUUCUAGUGAUAUUUGUUACGAUGUAGUGCAAAAACAUGACUUACAUCUAAACCUCAGUAACUCACUUUUGUGUAAUGGCUUUCAUGUAGAAAACGAAUGUUCAAAAGUGUUGGACCAGAAUGAAGAUCUUGGUGUGUCUAAUUCAAAACCAUCCAGUGUAGCAAAUGGUGAAUGUACUGCUUCUCGUGAUGAUGAAGCAUUACAGUCUAGCAGCUCCUUCCCUGUAACAGCACAACUUAAAGAAGUAGUAUCAGCUGAUCACUUAGUUAAUGGCAAUGUUAAUCAUGUACUACUUCCCCAUAAUGCUAACGAAGAAGAAAUGUUAGAGAGACAAGUGGAACAAGAAAGAUUGAGAAAUGUAGAUGCAUUCUCACUUUUACGGCAUCGAUCGUACAACUUCAUUGUUAACAACUAUUGGUCUACAUUAAAAGAAGACAAAGCUGUUGAUACAUCAGAUUUGGAGAUAACAGAAGAUCCUAUGGGUCUUCAAGGCAUUGAUCUAAUCACAGCAGCUCUGUUGUUUUGCCUAGGAGACUCUCCCGGCGGUAGGGGGAUAUCAGAAAGUCGCGCUGUUGAUGUGUAUCACAUUGACUUUGGGACCCAAACAUUUUCUCUCCCAUCUGCUAUACUGGCCACGAAUACAAUGGUGGGGGAAAUAGCUUCAGCUUCUGCAUGUGAUCAUGCCAACCCACAGCUCUCAAAUCCAAGUCCAUUCCAGACCCUUGGACUGGAUUUGGUAUUGGAAUAUGUGGCUAGAUACCAAACAAAACAGCGUUCAAUGUUUACAUUUGUUUGUGGACAGUUGUUUAGGAGGAAUGAAUUUUCAUCGCAUUUUAAGAAUGUGCAUGGUGACAUUCAUGCUGGCCUUAAUGGCUGGAUGGAGCAGAGGUGUCCUUUGGCAUAUUAUGGGUGUACAUAUUCUCAACGAAGGUUUUGCCCUUCAACACAAGGGGCAAAAAUUAUUCAUGACCGCCACUUACGGUCAUUUGGAGUUCAGCCUUCUAUAUCCACAGUAUUAGUAGAACCAGCAAAAAGCUGCUUAAUUGGACUACACAAUGACCAUCUGAGUAGUCUACCUUUUGAGGUUCUGCAGCACAUCGCUAGUUUUCUAGAUGGCUUUAGUUUAUGUCAGCUUUCCAGAGUGUCACGUUUAAUGAGAGAUGUGUGUGGAAGCUUGCUUCAAGCACGUGGAAUGGUGAUACUACUAUGGGAGAAGAGAAAGUAUGCAGAUAGAAGUUCUUGGCAGAUAAAAGAAAAGGUUUGGCGCUUCAGUACAGCCUUCUGUACUGUGAACGAAUGGAAGUUUGCUGACAUCGUAAGCAUGGCUGACCACUUGAAGAAAUGUAGCUAUAAUGCUGUAGAAAGAAGAGAGGAGGCUGUUCCGCUGCCAUGUAUGUGUGUAACAAGAGAACUCACUAAAGAAGGACGUUCGCUGCGCUCUGUUUUGAAACCAGUACUUUAA